UUCUGCUGCCUGUCAGUCAUGGCGAUAUUGGUAGGAUUGGCCUAUGUCCUCCGGGAUGUCCCACCCCAGCCGUCCGCGCCUCACGCCCUCUACCAGGGGAUCCAUCGCUCCCUCUGGGCCCUGGCCGUGGCCUGGAUCAUACUGGCCUGUGAGGAGGGAUACGGAGGAUUCGUUGAUAACCUCCUGUCACUAAAUCUGUGGGUUCCUCUGUCCAACAUCAGCUUUGCCUGUUACCUGAUCCAUCCUGUUCUUAUUAUACUAUACAAUGGCAAACAGGAGACUCCUAUACACUACACAGACAUGAACUUUUUCUAUCUGUUCCUGGGUCACAUGAUUCUGACGGUGGUGAUUGGCUAUGUGCUGACCGUGUUGGUGGAGAAGCCCUACCUCUUCCUCAAGGGCAGUAAGGCUUAAGGACACGACCCCCUCGACCCUCCUCCUCUACGACAUGACCCCUAGACCCUCCUCUCUACGACA